UCGCACUCUUCUUAUCCCCACAGAACUUGGCCCGGACUUAACCCUCACUGCCGCACACCGCAAGCACUAAGCCAGUAAACCUUCGUCUUCCCUGCGACGAACUCAGACCGGCACGCGCACGGAACCCUCCUGGUCUGACCGCUGCCUCCUUCCCGUGGCCCGUGGGUUGUGAUCUCAGCCUUCAAAACCUUCAGUUCUAUCACUCCUUUUCCUGUGAAUUGCGAUCUCUGCCUCCCUUUUAUCGUCCGCUCGGUCGCCCCGUCUCCCCGAAACCCUAGCCUUCCUAGGCUCCUCUGCUAGGCGUCUAUCCUUUUGUGAUCUCAAACCAGCAAAGUUUCCGAUAUAUCUCAAGUUCUCCCCGGACUCCCCUCUUUUGCACCGCACCCUCUCAAAUUUUGUUUAGGUAUCCGGAGCCUGCUGCGCUACCAGUCCCUACCUCAAAUUCAGCUGGAGAAGAUCACAGAACGCCUACAUUACCUCCUCCUCGCGUAUAUAUGGGUGCUGGGAUAAUUGCUUAGAUGAUAUUCCUUCAUUGACCUCUACGCGAGACUAGAAUAUUUAUACUAAUAUUCAAUUCAAAACUUGAACUUCCUAUCUUUCACCCUCUCAAAUUUUCUUUAUAUAUAUCUGGAGCCCGCUGUGCUACCACUCCCCACCUCAAAUUCAUCUCGAAAAGAUCACGAAUUAGGACAAAGGUGUCUAAUGGAGAGUAAAAUUUUAUCUUUGUCAAGGAAUAAUCAAUUUCUUGGAACUCCUAUCCUUCACCAGUUCCUGCAACCUUCUCUUAGCUACUUGAAGUAUAACCUUUGCUCUUUGCCAAAAGGAUUUAAAGCUACAAUUACUAAGUGUGCGAUGAAAUCUUAUAAGCUUUCUGAUCUUGCACACAAUGAGGUUAAAUCUCUCAAAGCUCGUCCGCGUAUUGAUUUUUCAUCGAUUUUCAGCGUAGUUGAACCAAUUGUGGAUGAUGUACGAUGCAGAGGAGAUGCUUCUGUAAUAGAUUAUACUGCAAGAUUCGACAAAGUUGUACUUGAUAAAGUUGUUGAGCUUGUUUCUGAUCUUCCAGAUCCCGAGCUUGAUCCUGCAGUAAGAGAAGCGUUUGAUGUGGCCUAUGACAAUAUUUACGCAUUUCAUGCUGCUCAAAAGAUUCCUGAGAAGGAGAUUGAGAAUAUGAAAGGGGUGAGGUGCAAAAGAAUAACACGGUGCAUUGCAUCUGUUGGCCUUUAUGUUCCAGGGGGUACUGCAGUCUUACCCUCAACUGCUUUGAUGCUCUCAGUGCCUGCACAGAUUGCUGGGUGCAAAACCAUUGUUCUGGCAACUCCGCCUGGUCGUGAUGGUAGUAUUUGCAAGGAAGUAUUAUAUUGUGCAAAGAAAGCUGGCGUCACCCACAUUCUAAAAGCUGGGGGAGCUCAGGCGAUCUCAGCAAUGGCUUGGGGAACAUCAUCUUGCCCAAAGGUUGAAAAAAUUUUUGGGCCAGGAAAUCAAUAUGUUACUGCUGCAAAAAUGAUUCUUCAAAAUAGUGAAGCCAUGGUUUCCAUUGAUAUGCCUGCUGGCCCUUCAGAGGUGCUGGUCAUCGCCGACAGGCAUGCCAAUCCAGUUCAUAUAGCUGCAGAUCUACUCUCUCAGGCAGAACAUGGUCCUGACAGUCAGGUAGUUCUUGUCAUUGCUGGAGAUGGUGUCAAUGUUGAUGCAAUUUUAGCUGAAGUGAGCAAACAAUGUGAUAGCCUUCCUAGGGGAGAAUUUGCUUCAAAAGCACUUAGUCAUAGUUUUGUUGUAUUUGCCAGAGACAUGGUUGAGGCAAUUUCCUUCUCAAACAUGUAUGCUCCUGAGCAUUUGAUCAUCAACGUUGAGGAUGCCGAAAGGUGGGAGGGCUUGAUUGAGAAUGCAGGUUCAGUCUUUUUAGGACAGUGGACACCCGAAAGUGUUGGCGACUAUGCAAGCGGAACCAACCAUGUCCUUCCAACUUAUGGGUAUGCAAGAAUGUACAGUGGUGUAUCGUUAAACUCAUUUCUCAAAUACAUAACUGUGCAGUCCCUGACUGAGGAAGGACUCAGAAAGCUUGGACCCUAUGUAGCCACUAUGGCAGAAGUUGAAGGACUAGAGGCUCACAAGAGGGCCGUCACCCUUAGGCUUCAGGACAUUGAAGCCCCUUUGCCUGCUUAGCUCAAACAGUGUCAGUUCGAAUGUUUCAGAAACUGUUUAACUUCUUUUUUUUUUCCUUUCCAUUUGAGUAGCUUGAGUUUGCUACAUAAUAAUCAGAUAAGUUAUUUGCCCAUGAUAAUAUGAUAUUGGAAAACAAAGUGUGUAUUUUUGAAACUUUCACCUGGCAUCUUUCGUAC